AUGGCUCAACCUCAAAUUGCAGCACUCUACUUUGACGAUGCCGGUCGAUUAAUCAUGGGAUUCAAAGAUAGAUCCAAUGAUAUCACUGUUUGGAUGUCCUCACCAGACAUGCUGGUUGCCUGUCAAACUCCAUCUGGAACUUUCCAACUUGAAAGUAACGGAAAGUGUGGAGGAAAGACUGGUGCACUUCCCAAUGCCAAAUCCAAUGCUGGAAAUUCAAUGGGUAUCGGUGGAGGUUACUAUUUCCAAGUGAAUCAAGGUGCUGGUGGACACGAUUACAAUGUUGCAUAUGGUUUGACAAGAGGUGGUCCAAAUCAAGUGGUCGCAACCGGAAUGGACAAUAGUUUCUGGUAUGAAGGUUCAGUGAGAUGGUUUGAUACCACAACUGGUAAAACUAUUCGUGCCUACUCUAUUUACAAUGCAACUGCUUCACCAGGAACAUUCAGCAAAUCGAAUGGUCUUGGAUCUAUUACAUCGAUAUUCCCACCAUCUCUUGAAGUAUUUGAUUGUGGAAGAGUCUGGAAUGACAUCAAUGGAAAUGGAAUUCAGGAUUGUAAUGAACCAGGAAUCCCAAAUAUUAAAAUCUAUCUGUUCUCUCAAGAUAAUCCAACCUGCCCAAUCUCCUAUUUAUACUCAGACAAAGAUGGAAGAUAUUGUUUCUCAGUGCUUCCAGGAAAACAAUACUCUUGUUCUAUCAACAUCAAAGAAACUCAAGACAAGUUUGGCAAAUUCAAUGUCUCGCCAAUUCUCAACGAUCCAAGAUAUGAAGGAAUUGACAGUGAUGGUGUCGUUGUAGGUGGAAAUAUCGUAUCAAAUUUCCAAGCAUCAUUAUAUUGUGGAUAUUCAUUCCUACACUGUCAUUUCGGAAUUUACAAUCCUGACAACUGUCCCAAAAAUGGAUUUACAACAUAUGGUUGGGGGGUGCAAAAAAUUAACUAA